UCGGCGUGGUUGAGUACACGCAAGGACCAUGUGUGCGGAGUGCUUACGGAAAUUGGUGACCCUGGCGUUGGUCUUUGCAAGUGUGGAUGCGGUGGUGGGCACCGAAGCCACGCAUCCUCCGGAAGGUGCCCAGGACAGAGCUCCUCAGCAAAAAGGGCGGAUGUCUCUGCAAAAUUCAGCUGAAAUCCAGCACUGCCUGGUCAGUGCUGGCGAUGUUGGCUGCAGUGUGUUUGAAUGCUUUGAAAACAACUCUUGUGAGAUUCGAGGUUUGCAUGAGAUCUGCAUGACAUUUCUCCACAAUGCUGGAAAGUUUGAUGCCCAGGGGAAAUCCUUCAUUAAAGACGCCCUGAGAUGCAAGGCACAUGCCUUGCGGCACAAGUUUAGUUGUAUCAGUCGCAAAUGUCCUGCUAUCAAAGAAAUGGUGUUCCAGCUACAACGAGAAUGCUAUCAGAAGCACGAUCUCUGCUCUGCAGCCAAAGAGAAUGUCCAGGUCAUUGUGGAGAUGAUUCAUUUCAAAGACUUGCUACAACUUGAACCAUAUGUUGAUCUGGUGAAUAUACUGCUCACUUGUGGAGAAGAAGUCAAGGAGGCCAUCACCCAGAGUGUCCAGACCCAGUGUGAGCAGAAUUGGGGGAGUCUGUGCUCCAUCCUGAGCCUCUGUACUGUGAUUCCACAUGGAGAGUCUACCCUGGAGUCUGAGAAAAAGCCAAAUGAAGUCUCAAGAAUAUCCACUGGCCAAGGAAACCUUGUAAUUCAACCUCAGUCUGGUAGCAGAGAGAAUUCUCAAAAUCCUAGAGGGGAAAGAGGUAGCAGGCUGCCUAUAAAUGGUCACACUCGCACUAAAUCUGGGGGUCAUAAUUCCAAAGCAACUCAUGAGACCUUUGAACAGAGAGAUGAACCUUCCGACUUCUCUGAUAUCCGAAGGUGAAAGGAAUAGACAACCCCACCUUUCCCCCUUCACCAAAAACUUCCUCCGUUGAGUUCAUUUUAUCUAGGGGCAUUCCAAAAAAUAUUUACAAGAUAAAGGGGCUACGUCAAACAUAGGGCAUUGCGGGUUAUGGGGCAGCAACAGCAUAUGUAUUAUAAGCAACAGAGGAAAAACAAUGACAAUGGAUUGCUGAUUGUAUCCAACAAACUCAGUGUGUAGAUGCAACAAAAUGUCUUCAUUUAAACUCUUUA